CCCAAGUAUACAGCGCAGCGAAGCCAAGGAAAGGGAUGGUCAUCUGCAUCUUUCUGAAGUCCUCAUUUCCUUAAGGAUGUCAGUUGUAGCUCAGUCUUUCCACAUCUUUGGCCUGCGAGCUGGAGUCACCAACAAUGUGUGCUACAAUGAUGAGCAGACCAUCAUAUUCCCUUCAGGCAACAACUGUGUGAGAUACAACGUUGACCAGAAAUGGCAGAAGUUUAUUCCAGGGUCAGAGAAGAGUCAGGGCAUUAUAGCUCUGGCCAUCAGUCCAAACAGGCGCUAUCUGGCAGUGUCUGAAAGAGGUGACCGAGGCACCAUCACCGUGUACGACCUGCAGCAUGACCAAAGCAAAAAGCGGAAGGUCCUGAGUGCAGGGGAUGCCCCGGUGCAGGAGUUUCUCUGCAUGGCUUUCUCUCCUGACUCCAAGUACUUGAUUGGCCAGGCGGGGGCGCCAGAUUGGAACCUGUUUUACUGGAUGUGGGAGAAGCAGAAAGUCAUGGCUGCGGUGAAGUCUACCAACCCAGCAAAUCCUGUUUACCAGAUUAGCUUCAAUCCCCGUGAUAACACUCAGGUUUGUGUCACGGGAAGUGGGGUCUUCAAACUCUUCCGCUACACCGAAGGGAGCCUCAAACAAACUAACGCUCAGAGGCUGGAUGCUCAGAAUUACUUAUCUCAUGCCUGGGUGACUGACGACCGCAUUAUUGUCGGUACAGACAAUGGGAGACUUCUGCUGUUUGAGGGUGGGGAUCUGCGGUGGGAGACACACGUGGUGCCCAAGCCAUCAACUCGUGACAGUGACAGGUCGCUACCAUCUAAAGGAGAAAUAGAGCAAAGUAUUGCAGCCCCACGCAUCACAGCAGUAGCCACCUACUCCAAGGGGUUUGCAUGCUCAGCUGGCCUGGGAACAGUAUGUGUCUUUGAGAAGACAGAGGAAAAAGAUAAUUACAGGAGAGCAAGGGAAAUUCAGAUACCACAGGACCAGCACAGUUAUGAGCCAAGUAAUGCUGAGCAUCAAGAGAUUCUUACCUUAUGCAUCAGUCCUUCUGAGGAGACCCUGCUUGCCAGCACGGACCACUGCCAGCUCUACAGCAUUGCCCUUUCUUCUGCAGAGAUUAAGGGGGAGCAGGCACAGUUUGAGUUCCUGUCUUAUUGCUUCCAUUCAGGCGUUAUCACAGGACUCGACGGAUGCAUUCGCAAGCCUCUGAUUGCUACUUGCUCGCUGGAUCGCUCUGUACGCAUCUGGAACUUCGAGACCAGGUCUCUGGAACUGUAUAAGGAAUUCCAGGAAGAAGCUUACAGUGUAGCUCUGCAUCCAUCUGGCCUUUAUGUUCUGGUGGGAUUUUUAGAUAAACUGCGCCUCAUGAACCUGCUGAUUGACGAUAUCAGGAUAUUUAAAGAAUUUACAGUGCGAGGUUGUAGAGAGUGCUCUUUCAGUCACGGUGGGCACCUCUUUGCAGCGGUUAAUGGGAAUGUCAUCCAUAUCUACUCUACCACUACAUUUGAAAAUAUUCUAAAUCUGAAAGGCCACAAUGGAAAGGUUCGUUCAGUCGUUUGGAGCCCUGAUGACAGCAGGCUGGUGUCCUGUGGAAUGGAUGGAGCUGUCUAUGAGUGGAACACCCUCACUGGCAAGAGAGAAUCUGAAUGUGUCCUAAAAUCAUGCAGCUAUACUGGAAUCACCAUGUCUCCAGACGCUAAAGCCAUCUUCGCCGUCGGUUCUGAUCUCACGCUGAAGGAGAUUGCAGACUCUCAGAUCCUGCGUGAGAUUCAGUCAGAUGUUUCCUACACAUCAAUUGUGAUGUCCCAUUCAGGUCGAAUGCUUUUUGUUGGCACAUCAGCUGGUACCAUCCGUUCGAUGAAAUACCCACUACCCAUACAGAAGGAGUGGAACGAAUGUUAUGGCCAUGCAGCACCAAUCACAAAGAUGACCAUAACAUAUGAUGAUCAGUUCCUGCUGACUGUCUCUGAAGAUGGGUGUCUCCUCAUAUGGAAGAUAAUCGAUAAGGAAGGACGAGGGCUGAAAAGUGAGAAGGAAGUUACAUAUGCAGAAGAGAUCCUCAUAACCAAGUCCGACUUGGAGGAAAAGAAUCAGAUCAUGCUGGAACUGAAAACAAGAGUGGAAGAAUUAAAAAUGGAGAAUGAAUAUCAGCUUCGGCUUAAAGACAUGAACUAUAAUGAGAAAAUUAAAGAGCUGACUGAAAAAUUUAUCCAGGAAAUGGAAGCACUGAAAACAAAAAGCCAGGUCCUUAAAAGUGAAAUGGAGAAACAGCAGUUGAAGUAUACACAGGAGAUGGUCGACUUAAUAGAAAAGCAGUCAAAAGAGCAACAAGAUUUGGAAUCUGCUAACAACCAGAAGCUAAUGCUGGAAUACGAGAAAUACCAAGAGCUGCAGACGAAGUCACAGCGCAUGCAGGAGGAAUACGAGAAGCAACUGCAUGAGUUGGAGGAAAGCAAGUCCUUGGCAUUGGAGGAUCUCACAGAAUAUUAUGAGACCAAGAUACAGGAGAAGCAGACCACUUUAGAGCAGUGUCAGGAUGAGUCCCGGCAGCAGGUACGGGAGUUUGAGGAAACCAUAAAGCAAGUGGAGGAGGAUGGCGACAGAGAGAUGCUCGACAUCAAGACCAAGUUUGAAAGUCAAGUUAAGGAGGAAAAAAAGGCCAACCUGCUGCUGAAAGGCGAGACCGGCAUCAUGAAAAAGAAGUUAAGCAGUCUGCAGAAGGACAUUGAAGACAGGAACUUUGAAAUUGAGAAGCUGAAAUUAGAGCAACAGAAACUGCAAGAAGUCAUCAAGUCCUUAGAGAAGGAUAUCACUGGGCUCAAGAAGGAGAUCCAGGAGAGAGACGAGACCAUCCAAGACAAGGAGAAACGUAUAUAUGACCUGAAAAAGAAAAACCAGGAGUUGGAAAAAUUUAAGUUUGUAUUGGAUUACAAAAUCAAAGAACUGAAAAAGCAGAUUGAACCAAGAGAAAAUGAAAUUAAAGAAAUGAAAGAACAAAUUCAAGAGAUGGAGGAAGAACUGGAGCGUUUCCACAGUAAGAAUACACAGCUGGAACUGAAUAUCACAGAACUGCAGCAGAAGCUGAAAGCAACCAAUAAGGAGAAGCAAAAGGAGAUGCAGAGGGUCCGAGAUGUAGAAGCAUUAGUGAAGAGGUUUAAAACCGACUUGCACAACUGCGUGGGUUUUAUUCAAGAACCAAAGAAGCUGAAAGACACCAUAUGUGAGCUCUAUGACAGAUAUGUCCACCAGUCAGAUGUGGUGGAGAUUGUAGGCGUGGAUGCAGAUAUUCAGAGGGAGUUUGCACGCCAAAGAGAACACCUGGAAAGAAGUGUUGGCUCAUUGCAGAAAAAACUUGUAAAGGACACAGAUAUUCACCGGGCUGAAAACAUUCGGAUUAUGCAGGAAAACGUCUCUCUAAUUAAGGAAAUCAAUGACCUGAGAAGAGAAUUGAAAAUGGUCCGUUCCAGUGCUCACGACCAAGAGAGGGCAAAGAUAAGUAGGAAGCAGUUUAGCUCGGAUCUGAAAGGAUCCUCUCUGGACAAUCACAUUAGUCCAGUAGUUGCCAGAAUUAACUUUGAAGAGGAGGCAGAACGAAUCAUGGAUCUGCAGAAGCUGGAAAUCCAACGUCUUCGGGAUCAAAUCCAGGCCCAAGAGCAGAGCUAUCCACUGAGGCCUCCUUCAGGUGGCAAACUGCCGGCCAUCACCACCUGAGUUAGAAUUCCUCCUUGUUUUCACUGGAGGCCUGUCUGUACUACAUAAUGUUUAAAUCACAGUAAUGGCUGGACUGGACUCAGCCCAGUUUUUCUAGCUAACUUUAGUUUUCUCAAGAGCAAGUGUUCAUUUUCCAGUUUACAGUAGAAUGGACGUGAGAACUGCACAGUUCUUCCUGAGGCCAGUGAUGGUGGAUUCAAAGGAAUUUACCCAGAGAAGAAGAUGCAGAAAAAUGAUCCGUUAAAAGAGAAGAUAUCAACAAUCAGAGGAAAAAUUCAGCAGCUACUGAACAUAAGGUCACCAGCUAAAAAAUGAGUCCAACUUAGCUCAAAGAAGAAAGACAUUGACUUGUUACUUAAACUGGGCUUACUGUAUUAUCAGACAUUUUUAAUCUUUUCCUUUGUAGAAUAAAAAUGAUUCAAUUGACGUAUAGUAUCCUUCAUAGUAUCAAUAAGUGCCUUAAAAGUUGAAAUUAUUUUUAAUAAAUUAUACUUUAUAGCUGGGGUGAGUAAUGUCAGUCCUGGUGGGCCACAGUGGCUGCAGCAUUUUGUUCCCACCCAGUUUCUUAAUGAGCAGUCAAUUAUCAGUUAUGAAGCACUUAUUGCUCAAGGCUCAUUUUAAUGCUUCAUUUUAGUUGUCUCAGUUGUUAACACUUCUCACCUUUAACUGCUUGUUUUUGUCUUAAAACUGCUGAAAUCACUUCUAUUAAUGGCUUCUUAUUAGUAAUGAGAUGCAAACGGCAAAGGAACCAGCAGUUCUCCAUCUAACUUGUCUCCAUUGACACCUGUGUGUGUUCAUCGUGAACUGUCUGGCUUAAUAAAAUAUUUGGAAGGAAACUGAAAAGAAAGAAAGUGUUAAAGGCUUGAAAUCAUUUGGAUGGCAUCACCGGAAAGGAAACAAAUCUAUGAAAUAUGAAUGACGUGAUAUGGCAGAGUUAAAACACUAACAAGCUAUAAAAUUAAAUAAAAUGUGCUAUUGGUGAGGAUUAGUUUGUAAUUAAGCAUCUGAGCUGGAACAAAAACCUGCAGCCACUGCGGCCCCCCCAAGACCACCGUUGUUCACCACUGCUUUAAAAGAUUGCUCUAAACAAACAUACUGUGCAGGGUGCUAUCUAUCUAUCUAUCUAUCUAUCUAUCUAUCUAUCUAUCUAUCUAUCUAUCUAUCUAUCUAUCUAUCUAUCUAUCUAUCUAUCUAUCUAUCUGUUAUAUAGUGCCUUUCACAUCUAUCUAUCUAUCUAUCUAUCUAUCUAUCUAUCUAUCUAUCUAUCUAUCUAUCUAUCUAUCUAUCUAUCUAUCUAUCUGUUAUAUAGUGCCUUUCACAUCUAUCUAUCUAUCUAUCUAUCUAUCUAUCUAUCUAUCUAUCUAUCUAUCUAUCUAUCUAUCUAUCUGUUAUAUAGUGCCUUUCACAUCUAUCUAUCUAUCUAUCUAUCUAUCUAUCUAUCUAUCUAUCUAUCUAUCUAUCUAUCUAUCUAUCUAUCUAUCU